AUGCAUUUCGAUACUUUGAAUGAAGAUACUGAAUGGUUGUUGUCUUUUUUUUUUGUUGACUGUGAGGAAGGUCUUCAUUAUGUUUCUUACACCGUAAUGCAUUACCAAAGUUGGGUAGAAUAUCUUCAUAAACUCUUUUUCCCAAUGAUGAUCAAGAGAAAUUUCUAUCAAUACUCGAGUAUCAUGAUUAGUACAAGUCCAGGAAAUCAAUCUUCUUUCUUGAUACCGAACAAUAGUAAUAGUAGUGGCAACAAUGCUACUUUGAAUUCAGGUAGUUUUAUCAAUGGUGCUAACGUUAGAAGUGGUAGUGUCAUAGGAAUUAGUAACAGUAAUAUAAGCAACAAUAACAAUAGUAAUACAUUCAAAGGACACUCCAGAACGAACCACAGCAAUGGUGGAAACAACACUAUUGGUAACUACUUUGAAGCACCGCUUUUCCAAGAGGGUUUCGGUUCAUUCUUGAAAUCCGGUGAAUUCAGUGACCUAACCAUUCACUCCGAAGGCAAACAAUAUCAUCUUCAUCGAGUAAUACUUGCGCAUUCAUCAAAAUACUUUUCAGACUAUUUCGAUUUAGAUAAUAAUAAUAGUAAUAAUAAUAAUAAUAAUAGUAAUAAUAAAAUGACAACAAUAAAAGAAAUAACAACAACAAAUUAUAAUAAUAAUAGUAAUAGUAAUAAUAAUGAUAUACCAGUAACAACAUAUUUCACAAAGAUUGAUAAUAAUAACUAUGAGCUGAAAGGACCUUUCAUUGAACAUUUCGAUAUGGUAGUUAAUUAUAUGUAUGAAGGUAGAGUUAAUUUGACACCAAAGAAUGCGCUGCCGUUGUUGUCACUGUCGAACUGCUUCCAAAUCAAAGGCCUGAAAAAGUAUGCUACCUUCUACCUGACCAAUUCGAUCACCAAAGAGAAUGCAUUCUUCAUGCUGAACAAAGCGAUUCACAUCAACUCUGACGACCUUACGACCAAGUGCAUCACUGUGAUUUGCAAGCAUUUCAAUCAAAUGAUACAACCACACUUUUCACAUAUCUUUACACAACCACAACCAUUCAUAAUGCAACCCAAUUACUUUACAAACAAUAACAACAACAACAACAACAACAACAAUACAUCAACUGCAAACUAUAGUGAUGAACUCGAUAGUAUUGCAACUGUAGAUCAAUUCACCAGUAACCUUGAAUCAUCAUUGAACAACAACACCACUUCCGAGCCAACAAGUACAAACUCUGAUAGUGAUGAUAGUGAUUUAGAUUCUUUCUCUUCUUCAACAACUGCAACAACAACAACAACAAUAACUAAUAAUAAUAAUACACAUAGUAAUAGCAGUCACCAUCAUCAAUCAUCAAUUCAUAUUCCACAAACAUCCAAUCCAAUUGGUAUCAGUUCAAAAUAUGGAUCACCAUCACCUUCCAAUUCGAUACUUUCUUCGUCGAUGGCCAAUGAUAAAUCUUUGAACAUCUCAACUAUCCACACCAUUCCAGAGUUACUGUCAUUGCCAAUCUCUAUUAUGAUUCGUCUGAUGCGUCAGAAUAACCUGUCGGUCUCAAACGAAGCUGUGGUUUACAAGACCAUAGUCAAGUACAUUCAAGCCAACAAAUCGAGUCUAUCCGAACAAGAUAUCGAAUCACUCUUUGAAUGUGUCAGAUUCCCGCUGUUUAACUAUCAGCAGCUCGAGGAAGUACAAGACAAUACACUCAUUCCAAAGUCAUUGAUAACUGAAGCACUCAUGCUCAGACUCCGAUUGCACGAAGGUCCAAAAGAUGUCAACUCAGCAUCGAACCUCUCACUCUCACCAUCGAACAAUCUAUUGCAAUCCAAUUCAAAGUCACCCACUUCAUCAUCGAUCAACGUACAGUACUCUGGUGGAAAUAAUAUAAACAGCAACACAACAUCAACAUCAACAACAGCAACAUCAUCAAGCAUUCAAAUUACACCAUCCGUCAUUGUAACAUCUUCAUCAUUACCAUCAUCUUCACUACUCACUUCAACCCUUACAUCAGCAUUAUCAUCAACUCUUAACAUUAACAAUAUCAAUAACAGCAAUAGUAGUAAUAAUAACACUGGAUCAAUACUUACAAGUUUGAGUAAUAAUAGUAGUAAUAGUUCGAUUGGAGAUUCUCUGGUGGCAUCUACAGAGUCGGCAAACGAUAGUUCUGCACUGAUACGAAGAACUCCACGUGCACCUUUUGCUAUCUCACUAGAGUACAACAAUGAGAUGAAAGGUGUUUUCUACUAUAUUGGAACGAAUGGUUUGAAGGAUGAAUGGUCGAAUCCCGCCAACAGAGGACGUGUUCGUGUAACAUUCUCAUCCAUUGAGAAAGGUAAUGUUACUGAUGUAGUCGGUAGACAACCAACUGAAUGCUGGACAAUGGACGUUCCUGCAUCUUGGAUUGCGAUCAACCUUGGAUCCAGUCGUACACUGGUACCAACCUUUUACACACUCCGACACGGUGGUAACAGUAAAGCCGAUUGUCUUCGUAAUUGGACAUUACAAGGUUCAAUGGAUAGUAAAAAUUGGACUAUCCUAUCGAGACACAGUAAUGAUAGUUCUUUGAAUGGUAACUACAGUACAUGGACAUGUCCAAUCGAAAAUUGUACACAAGCAUACAGACAUUUUAGAAUUCUCCAGACCGGAAGAAAUUCAACGAACCACAAUUUCCUUUCGCUCUCUGGCAUUGAGUUUUACGGUGAUCUUUAUGAAACUAGAAAAGACGAUUGA